CGCGUUUUCUCAGAGUCCUGCGCGAGUUAGGAAGGCUUCGCCACCUGGCCUCUGCUCAGUCCUCAGGUUCUGUGCCACGCCGGAAGUGGAGACCCUGGCGCCUAGUGCGGAAGCGGAAGCGCCUGAGGAUGCGCACUCGCCGGAAGCCGAGCCCCUGACGCGCCCACUUGCCGGAAGCGCCGCAGUAGUCGCGCAGUGACAGGGUCGAGCUCUGACGGACGGGGUCUCCCAGGAAGGGGGACGGGCCGCGGGGUCGGGGCCGGGGCUGAGGACUGGGCCCGCAUGGCGGAGGGCGGUAGCCCUGACGGGAGGGCUGGUCCGGGGCCCGCAGGUCCUAAUCUGAAGGAGUGGCUGAGGGAGCAGUUUUGUGACCAUCCACUGGAGCACUGUGAAGAUACAAGGCUUCAUGACGCAGCCUAUGUAGGGGACCUCCAGACCCUCAGGAGCCUGUUGCAAGAGGAAAGCUACCGGAGCCGCAUCAAUGAGAAGUCUGUCUGGUGCUGUGGCUGGCUCCCCUGUACACCGUUGAGAAUCGCAGCCACUGCAGGCCAUGGGAACUGUGUGGACUUCCUUAUACGCAAAGGGGCCGAGGUGGACCUGGUGGAUGUCAAGGGCCAGACUGCCCUGUAUGUGGCUGUGGUGAACGGGCACCUGGAGAGCACUGAGAUUCUUUUGGAAGCUGGUGCUGACCCCAAUGGAAGCAGGCACCACCGCAGCACUCCUGUCUACCAUGCCUCUCGUGUGGGUAGGGCCGACAUCCUGAAGGCUCUCAUCAGGUACGGGGCAGACGUCGAUGUCAACCACCACCUGACUUCUGACACUCGGCCCCCGUUCUCGAGGCGACUCACCUCCUUGGUGGUCUGUCCCUUAUAUAUCAGUGCAGCCUAUCACAACCUGCAGUGUUUCAGGCUGCUUCUGCAGGCUGGAGCAAACCCUGACUUCAAUUGUAACGGCCCUGUUAACACACAGGAAUUCUACAGGGGCUCCCCUGGGUGUGUCAUGGAUGCUGUCCUGCGCCACGGCUGUGAGGCAGCCUUUGUGAACCUGCUGGUAGAGUUUGGAGCCAAUCUGAACCUGGUAAAGUGGGAAUCGCUGGGCCCAGAGGCGAGAGGCAGAAGGAAGAUGGACCCUGAGGCCUUGCAGGUGUUUAAAGAGGCUAGAAGUGCUCCUAGGACGUUGCUGAGUUUGUGCCGUGUGGCUGUGAGAAGAGCUCUUGGCAAGUACCGGCUGCAUCUGGUUCCCUCACUGCCGCUGCCAGACCCCAUAAAGAAGUUUCUAGUUUAUGAGUAGAAUUCAGAUGCAGUGUUGACUGCAGUGAGGAAGCCGAUGAUCUGCGGUGAGAGCUGACGCAGACUCUGCAUCCUGUGAACCAUGUCCUGCUCUGCCAACUUGUUCCUUGGCUGUUGGUGAAGAAGGAAAGGCCUUGUUCUCUUGGAUUGUGAUUCCAUCUCAGGUGCUUGGGCCACUGAACACUCCUUGAGUCAUUGUCAGCUGAGAGGCGCAUAUAAAACUUAAUUUUGAUCUUCCUAAAAAUCAGGAUUUUUGUAGUUGCAUAUUAAUGAACUGAGCUGUGAAAUGUGAGUGUGGGUUGGGACUGAAAGUCUGUUGUAGCCCCAGUAGGGAGAGCUCCUUGUGUUUUCCAGAACUGUGCUUCUAGUUAUUUUCCUACUUUGCAGUUUAAUUGUUCUUUUGAGGCCUGAUACCCAAACGAAAAGAGUUCUGGUCACAAAACAUGUAGGGAGCAGAAAUACAGUUCAUGGACAUGCUAGCCUAUCUUCCUGCCCUGGGUUUGGCGGUACAUGUAGUCAGCAUGCAUACCCCUUCCUGCUGUUAUAACGUUCUCUCUUGGGCUGCCUGUAUUCCAGAAUGGUUCCCUGCCAACUCAUUGGAUAGAGGUCCUAGCACAGCACCCACAGCGCAGCACCUGCUGUCAUACCUCCUGUGCCUCAUAUCACAACAGGAGACAAGAGUUUUCUGCCAUUUCACCCUGGGGAUCUUCCAGACAGUGAUUACCUUUAGGAGGCCCACAUGGAAUUAGCCAGUAAGUGACUGCCCAUAGUUAGACCAGGGACCAUCCCAACAGCACUCACUGCCAGUCUUCACAGUAUAAGAUGACACCAGGGGUGCUCUCUUCAGACCCUCACAUACCAGAAAGUGGGAAAUGUAUUGGUUACCUGGGUGAUUCCAGACUGCAGCUGCUUGGUGUCUGUCAGAUAGGACAUCUCGUUGGGUGAUGGCUUUUCCCACUUUUGGGUCCGAUCCUUGAUAGGCACUUCUGGAGAUCUUUCCCUGUCAUGCCCAGGCUUGGGGGUGGGUGAGAGAGUGUUGUGCUCUCACUGUUGGUGCCUUUUGCUGUGAAUAAGGCUAUACAACCAGGUAUGAGGGUCAUGGGCUGGUGGCCCAGGGAUGAUUAUUGCCUUGAGCAGUCCCAGAAUGCUGCUGUUUCAGUGAAAUUGUAUCUGUCAUCUUGAAACUUCUUAGGAUUGUUGUGUGGAUAUGUGGUGAUUAUAGACUUGAGAGUGUUUAAGACAAGCCGGUUUUAAAUCUGUUUAGAUUUUUGGCCAUAAGAGAAAUCUAACCUCUAAUGGUAUUUUGCCAGUUGUACCAUCAUGUGCUUUAGCUGACCAGACAGUGAAUGGCCUUUGUGUACUGUGGGUGGAGUUCCAAACCUUGAUCCCCAGUGGUCCUAUGCAGCAGCACUAAGCUGGCUCAAACACAGUACAUGUAGUUCUGAUGGGCCUUGUUACCAGGGAUGGGAUACAGACUAAGAAAGAGCAGCUUUAUCCAUGUGAGCCCCAGAUUGAUGAGCAGCACCCACAGGAAGUUGAUGUGGCCUUGGUAAGGAUUACUCCUUCACUCAGUAUACUUUUAAGCCCUGGGUAUCCAAGCCCAGCAUAGCAAGGAAAUGUGGUAGGGCUUGAUGAGCUGUUGUUGCCUCCUUGCCUGAGCUGUGUCUAGCAGAGGGGUCAGUGGCCCAGAGGGAAGAGCCUGACUAUUGUCCCAGCUUAUCCAAACGCGUCUGUGAGAUUUUUGCUAUUCUUGGGGCUGCCAUGUGCUUUGAUCGGAGGCUUGUACUUUGAGUCUUGGCUGUUGUGAAUGUAUAGGCCAGACAGGCUGGAGUGGGGACAGUGGUGAUACUUCAGAAUUUAUCUUUGCCAUCCUGGGUGUUUAUAUAUAUUUCCGGAAACCUACCACUGUCAUAUAUUCUUUGACUAUUUACUUACUUACUUACUUACUUAU